AGUCCGUUCAGUUGCUCGCCAAUCGCCGCGGCUAACGGAUGGCGGUCUCAUCGUCCUCGUCCUCAUCGUUUUCCAACUACUUGAUGGCGGUAUUUGCCCAGGAUAGCAAUAGUAGCGGCAGUGCCAGCGGCAGUGGAGCAGCCGCCGACUCGGAGGACUCCCAAAUUGGUCAGGAGGCCACUUCUGGGGGGCAGGAGAAUCAGGGGAACCACAGGCGGCGGCCGCCGCGCCAGAAGAUCAAUGCCAGGGAGCGCUACAGGACUUUUAAUGUUAAUUCCGCCUACGAAGCGUUAAGAAAUUUAAUACCCACGGAGCCCAUGAAUCGCAAGCUUUCGAAGAUCGAGAUCAUCCGCCUGGCCAGCAGCUAUAUAACGCACCUAAGUAGCACCCUAGAAACAGGAACUGAAUGCCAGCCAUGCUUGCUGCACAAGUACGAGAGCGAAGGAGUAACUAGGCGUAUCAGUAUCUGCACCUUCUGCCUAAAAACCAAGUGAAAUUAUAAAUGAGCUGGUUAUAUUUAAGAAUUUUGUUCUUAUUCGUCGUAUCUGUUGCAUUUAAACAAUAUUUUAUAACUUUUAUAUUGAGCGCCCAGUCGUAGCGCCACCUAUGCUCAUUUGCUGGAACUAAAUGUAUUCAAACGUGAACUGCUUGCCGUGGCAGAACUGCUUUCCUAAACUGUUGUAUUUCCCAACAUUUCGAUCUCUUAAUUAUAACAUACAAAUAAAUUUAAUGUUUAUAAAAGCGAUUUUAAAGUGUCUGUAGUUGUACUCUGUAUUGAAAAAGAAUUUGAGUAGUUUUCCAACACAACACAAAUAAUUCUACAUUUGUCGAUAAAGUGUCGCCAUCUGCUCGGAUGUUUUCUACAACUGCACCACUUGCGCUGAUUAGAGAUGACGAACGUACUCUAAAACAGAUAUAUACAUAUUUAAUAAAAGAAGUGAAUGAAACGCGCUUGAAUCAAUGUAA